AUGGCGAAUAAGACCACCAGGCAAGACACAAAAUUAAACGAGCGUAUUGCUGCUAUUCGAGAGAACAAUGCUCGUUUGGAAAAUCGGCAUAAGGUCUCACCUAUUCUCCUUAUAACUCCUCCUCUACAGGAAAUCGAAAUGGAUAAGAGGCGUGCUGUUGAGACUGGUAGCUCUAUUCUUCCCUCUCAAAUUCGGCAAAAGCAAAAUUAUCGAUAUCGAGGUGUUGGUGGUGGUGGUACCGGUAUUGGAUACAAUCUGUCAAAAAGCCUAUCGCGCCUCCACCAGGAUGUUAAUUACAACUCCCAACCACAAUUCAGCAACAACCCUUCAAAAGGUCGCGGGUGCUGUGCAAAGGGCAAUAGCAUCAAUACCUUUGAAUAUGUUCGCCAUGUUGAGAUUGAUCGAUCCGGAGGAAGAGGCAAACCUCAAAAGUAUCAUCAAUACCAAAGCAAUCGGACUUACUAUGGUACGCUCAGCUUUCCUCACUGA